AGAAUCACAUGAGUUCAGGGAAAUAGAAACUGAAAUGUAGUUCAGCUGUUGUGUGUUUGUGUCUCUGUAUUAAUGCAGUAAAAUGGCAGAAGCCAGAGUUUCUCAGGAUGAGUUCUUGUGUCCGGUGUGUCUGGAUCUGCUGAAGGAUCCAGUGGCCAUUCCCUGUGGACACAGUUACUGUAAGAUCUGUAUUACAGACUGCUGGGAUCAGGAGGAUCAGAAGAGAGUCUACAGCUGUCCUCAGUGCAGACAGACCUUCAGUCCAAGACCUGCUUUAUCUAGAAACACCAUGCUGGCUGAAGUGGUGGAGAAACUGAAGGAGACCAGACUCUCUGCUGACUGUGACGCUGGAGCUGGAGAUGUGCAGUGUGACGUCUGUACUGGAAGAAAAUACAGAGCCGUCAAGUCCUGUCUGGUGUGUCUGAACUCUUACUGUCAGAAUCACCUCGAACAACAUGAGAGUUGGUUUAAAGGAAAGAGACACAAUCUGACUGAAGCUACUGGACGACUGCAAGAGAUGAUCUGCCAGAAACAUGAGAAGAUCCUUGAGGUUUUCUGUCGCACUGAUCAGAAGUGUAUAUGUUUGCUGUGUAUGAUGGAUGAACAUAAAAACCAUGACACUGUAUCAGCUGCAGAUCAGAGGACAGAGAAACAGAAGCAGCUGAAGGAGACUCAGAAGACGCUCCAGCAGAGAAUCCAGCAGAGAGAGAAAGAUCUCCAGCAGCUGAGAGAGACUGUGGAGUCUCAUAAGCGCUCUGCACAGACAGCAGUGGAGGACACUGAGAGGAUCUUUACUGAGCUCAUCCGCUCCAUUGAGAGAAGCCGCUCUGAGCUGAUACGACUGAUCAGAGAUCAGGAAAAGACUGCAGUGAGUCGAGCUGAAGAACGACUGGAGCGACUGGAGCAGGAGAUCAAUGAUCUGAGGAGGAGAGACACUGAGCUGGAGCAGCUUUCACACACACAGGAUCACAUCCAGUUCCUGCAGAGUUUCCAGUCUCUCUCAGCACCUCCUGAAUCUACAGAUGUAAAUGAUGAUCUCUUCAGUUCUCUCUUCUCUUCUGAUGCUCUGAGAGAAUCUGUCCAUCAGCUGAGAGACAAACUGGAGGAUUUCUGCAAAGAGAAGCUCAAGAAGAUCUCAGACAGAGACACAUUCACCAGCAUUGAUCUCUGGACCAGGGACGACUUCCUACAAUAUGCCCAUCAGCUCACUCUGGAUCUGAAUACAGUGAAUAAAAACCUCCUUCUGUCUGAGAACAAAAGAGUGAUUACAUACACUAACACAGAUCAGUCGUAUCCUGAUCACCCAGACAGAUUUGAUGUGUGUCAGGUGUUGUGUAGAGAGAGUGUGUGUGGACGCUGUUACUGGGAGAUUGAGUGGAGAGGACUUUUUGUGCAUAUAUCAGUGUCAUAUAAGAGCAUCCGCAGGAAGGGACGAGGUAAAGAGUGUUUGUUUGGAUAUAAUGAUCAGUCCUGGAGUUUGGAAUGCUCUCAGUUCAGUUACUCAUUCAUACACAAUAACAUAAAGACUGUUCUCCCUGUAGAGUCCACCAGCAGGAGAACAGGAAUGUAUAGUGUUGAUGAUUAUGAUGAUGUCAGGAGAAUAGGAGUGUUUGUGGAUCACAGUGCAGGAACUCUGUCCUUCUACAGCGUCUCUGACACAAUGAGCCUCAUCCACACAGUCCAGACCACAUUCACUCAGCCGCUCUAUCCUGGGUUUACUGCCUGGUCUCAAUCAUCAGUGAAACUGUGUUGAUGAAUCAGAAGAGACUGACGAGAUAUUCUACCCAUAAUGCUUUGAGCUUUGUGAUGAAUCAUUAACAGUGAGAUGUUAUAGUCUCUUCAUCACAAUAAUACUGCAGAUGAACUUCUGUCACUGAAAUAAUGUCAGAAUAAAUGUGUAAUAAAUUCUCAUAUAGACAGUAAGUGUGUGUGUGUGUGUGUGUGUGUGUGUGUGUGUGUGUGUGUGUGAGAGAGAGAGAGUCCUGCUGAGUGAGCAUGUGUUUCUGAGGUUUUCUCAACUUCUGUUUAUGUUUGUGUUGGUAAUAUAUAUAUAUUAAUCAUGAUCAAUAACUGUUUAUUUAAAAAACACUUUUAAUCUUAUUUCUGUUCUCUGACUGAUAUAAAUAAAGCUUCUAACCUCUUGAUUA